CAUCACCUUCACUCACGAAAGCCUGCUCCGUCGAUGGUUUGCACCACCAAUUAUCCAGGGAGGACGGCACUUUUCCCGGCAUCUUGAAGCCUAGAGCCGGAAAGCAAGACGAGCCUGCACUCUGGCUGAUGGAAGUGCUUGAGGAGCUAUGGCUGACGGAGUCGAGGUUGAGAUCGAUUUGAAUCUUGCCAGUACUGUUGGAGUGCUGAAUGCUCUUGUCGACUGUCUCUGCACCUUUGGGCUGCCCUUGCUUCUUAGACUCUUGCUUUGGCUGCUGAGAAGUGUCGUGAGAAGCUGCCUUGUGCGCACGCUUGACGUUGCAUGUCGAUACUGCUCUCUUACGGACCAUCUUGUCUUUGCCAGACAAAGCAGCGACCUGUACGCCAUCGUUGUCCAAUUCGAAAGCGUCCGACGGCUGAGGUGCCUUCAGGCCUGGUGAAUUUGAAUCUUGGCUUCGCCGAUUCGUAACGUUGCGAAAUUUGUUGUCGAGGUAGCCAAGAUGGCGCCUAUGUCUGCGUGCACGAGUGAGGUGGGCAUGGCGUGAGCGGUACUC